AUGCGGCUGUCCUUUCGCCAGCACCGCCCAAGGCGUCCGCCUGCCUUGACCCUCUCUUCAGCGUUUUUUACCCUGGCGGCAUUUGGAUCAACGUUUUCAGAGGCGAUUCAUUUCAAUCCAGCGCCGCCCGCCAAUCUCGACUUUGCCAAUCUCGGACGAAUAGCAAUUGCCGGUGAUUUCAACGGCAUCUCCCUUUACGAGUACGAGGGCCAAAUAUCAAAACCUCUUCCCACGAAUGGCAGCCAAGCCCUCCUCACCCGACUUCCCAAUGGUGCCUUGGCACCCAUUGUGUCGACUGACGCGUCUAUUCGAGCAAUGUGCUCAUUAAAUGACGACAGCGGCAAAUUAAAAGGAGUUGUUUUUGGUGGUAACUUCACGAGUAUUGACGGGAUACGGACGACAGCGAUCGCGCUCUUCAACCCCAACACAAGCGAGAUUACGCCUCUGAAGGGCCUCGAGGGUGAAGUCAGUGCUUUGUAUUGCGAUGACAGUCGCAAAACCGUUUACGUCGGUGGCAAUUUCAAAGCAUCCAAUUCCACAAAUGCAAUCGCUUGGACAGACACGGACGGCUGGUCAAAUUUACCAUUUGCAGGCUUCAACGGUCAGGUGAAUGCCAUUUCCAAGACCUCAAAUGGCCACAUUGUAUUCGGAGGCAGUUUCACCGGCCUAGGAAACACGUCUGCUCCGAACCAACCAGAUUCUCAAAUGAUCAACCUAUCCGGCGGCAAGAUUACCGCUACGAAUGGUGCGACAACCAGUGGAUUCAGUGAUCCCAAAAACAUCGUGUGCUCCUCAGGCAGUGACGGGCCUGGCAGCACUUGGCUCGCAGCUGACAACGUGCCCGCCACCUGGGAAGCCGACUUCGGGUUCACAUUUCAGCCUACCAAGCUGCGGCUGUACAACACUCGCCAGGACGGGCGCGGCACCAAGACGUUCAGAUUCCUUGCAUUCCCAUUAAACGGUAUUCUCAACUUCACCUAUGUCGACCCAUCGACUGGGAAUAAUGCUUCCUGCACGAGUGAAUGCCCGCUCAGCAAUGAUCCCAAUGUCAAGUUCCAGGACUUUCACUUCGUGAAUCGGGUCGGCAUGGAUAGUUUCCAGGUUGCCAUAUCCGACUGGUACGGACCUGGUGCCGGGCUUUCUGGCAUUGAACUGUUCCAGGACGACAUGUUUGCGUACGCCAUUGACACUUUCAACGAACCCAACUGCAAGGGCAUCGUCUUUCCAUCGACUGCCACCUCUACCGGCCCCUGGAGAGAGUCACCAUCGACUCAGAGCAGCUCUGAUUACCUCGUGGCAACAUUGAGAGGCGGCGACAUCGACGGCAAUUCCGCUUCGGUUGUGUUUAUUCCCAACAUCGUAGAAUCUGGCAAUUACUCCGUCAACAUGUACACUCCGGGGUGCAUCCCGGACGCGAGUUGUUCCACGCGAGGCCAGGUAAACGUGACGGGCGUUAUGUCAACCGGCACGAUCAACGCCGGUUUCAGCACAACGCUCUAUCAGACAAAUUACUACGACAAGUUCGAUCAAGUUUACUAUGGCUACAUUGAGAAAAGCUCCGAAAGCUUCAGACCUACCGUCACCCUUACGCCUCUGGCUGGUCAAAACGCUCUGUACCUCACAGUUGUCGCUCAGAGACUAGGAUUCACCCUCACCAAGUCAACCGGGGGUCUCAACAGUCUGUUCGAUUUUGACCCAGAACAACGAACGGUGGAUACAUCCAGCCUGGAAAAGUCGCCAAUCAACAAACUAGGCUCCGAAUUUGGACAAAAUUCAGCCGUCAAAUCUUUGGUCGCGGCUGGUGACACACUCUUCAUUGGCGGAAACUUCACUAGCAAUGAUUUUGUCAAUGCUGUCGCCAUUGGCGGCGAUAUGGAGCGCACGACCAGCCCACUGGACGGUGGCCUCAAUGGCCAAGUCCUCAGUAUGCACCUUGAAGGAACCCAGUUGUAUGUUGGUGGGAGCUUUAAUAGCACUCUCAACGGCGACAAGAAAGAACUGGGCUACGCCGCCGUGUAUGAUAUAAAGUCUCAUUCGUGGAGCGCUCUUGGCGGCGGCGUUGACGGUCCCGUGGAACAUGUCGUCCCCAUGCAAAUCAAUACCACAUCCGAUGAAUUAGAAACCGUCAUCAGCUUGAGCGGGAGAUUUUCACAGUGCAACGCUUUCAACAAUAAUAGUGUUUCUCCCGCAGACGGCUUCGCCAUCUGGGUUCCGUCCCUGCAGAAUUGGCUACAGAACAUCAACCGACCUUUACCUACGUACAAUGGUGUACUUGCCGCCGGCCUUCAGAAUGUUUCGGAUCUCGGUGACCUCUUUGCUGGUUCAUUGACAUCAGCAAGGCUUCGCGCAAAUGGGGUUGCCACUCUUAGUACACAAGGCUUGGGACCUUUCCCGUUGAACAUCGAAGCCGCCUCCAAGUCCCAGUCGAAGCUGCACCGUCGUGAGAGUAUUUCGAACGAUACGCUUCGAGGUGUCAUAACAGGCGCUUUUCAUAACACGGAGAGCUCCAAUAUUACCGUGCUUGCCGGUCACUUCACGGCUAAAUCAGCCAACGGGUCGACCGUCAACAACUUGAUAAUUCUUGAUGGCAAGGACAACGGGGCCAUCACCGGCUUGGGCUCAGAUAUCUCCUCAGACUCUACAUUCAUCACUGUUGCUCUUAAAGGCAACGUCUUGUAUGCUGGAGGAAUGGUCUCUGGCACGAUCGCUGGCAACCAGAUUCACGGCCUUUUGGCUUAUGACCUUUCAUCAAGGUCAUUCCCCAGCCAGCCUGCGCCAAUCUCGGGAAGGAAUAGUACCGUUGCUGCCAUAGCUGUGCGACCGGAUACGUCUGACGUGUACGUUGGUGGUUCUUUCAACAAAGCAGGCGCCCUGGGCUGCGAGGGUCUUUGUAUUUACAACUCCGACUCGGGGCAAUGGUUCCAGCCUGGUAACGGCCUGUCAGGUGAAGUCUUGGGGCUCAUGUGGUCAAGCAAGUCAACCCUCGUCGUAGCGGGCGACCUGGAGGCCAAUAGCACAGAUAUGCGAUACUUGGCUACUUACGACGCGAAGCAGCAGACAUGGUCAGCCUUUCCGGGAGCUGAGAAUAUACCUGGGCCAGUUCAGGUCAUGACGGCUGGAUCAAGCGACGGAAAACAGGUGUGGGUUGCGGGCAAGUCAAUCAAGGACGGAUCGGUCUUUCUCAUGAAAUACGACGGUAAUCAGUGGCUGUCUGCUAAUGAGAGCCUCCCCGCAAGGACGAUUCUUCGAAGCCUCCAGGUUUUCUCGCUCACCAAGAACCACGCCGGCACGCAACUGUUGGGGGAAAACCAGGCACUUAUGAUGACCGGGUCGAUCGUGAUCCCCAACGUCGGCAUCGCAUCGGCGGCAAUUUUCAACGGCACCCACUACCUGCCCUACGCACUGACAACAAACUCUGGUAACGCACCUGGAACCAUUGCCAGAAUCUUUACUCAAAACGAUGAUUUUUUCUCAACGGGAGGCGGCAGCAUGCCGUUAGGCUUUGUUGUCCUGAUUGGGCUUGCCAUUUCUCUCGGGCUCAUCCUUCUUAUGGUUGUGGCUGGCAUUGUUUUGGACCGGCUUAGGAAGAAGCGAGAGGGAUAUAUGCCGGCCCCGACGUCAAUGUAUGACAAGGGCAGCGGCAUCCAAAGAAUACCACCUCAUCAACUGCUAGAAUCACUGGGCAGAAAUCGGCCCGGAGCGGCGCCUCACGUCUAG